AUGUUCGCCAAGAGCAAGAUUGUCACAGCGGUGGUGGCUCUGGUGGCCGUGCACCUGCUCGUCCAUGCCCUCCGACGACAGAGCCGGCCCAAGGUAGUCCGACCGGCCGACGAACGUGUCGUGAUUCUCGGCGCUUCGACACUGGAUGGCCUGGGCGCCAAUUUCCUCCAGCAAUACCUGGAACGAGGCACACGCCGUAUUAUGAUUGUGGGCCGCCGUCAAGAGGCCUUGGAAGAGGUUCGUAGGGCCAUGCUGGAGGCGACCAAGGGAAAGCGAGCGCCAGAUGCCGAAGUUCUUGUCGUGGCUGCGCAGCUCACACAAUCGCGCGACGUGAUCGCCCUGCGUGAGAAGAUCAUGCGCGUGUGGGGCGGUUUGGAUACGCUGCACGUUGUGUUUGGCGUCACAUCGAUCCUGCCGAUCCUGGGCCUGGCGAAUGUCGAUCCAUGCGACGUGAACGCAAAUGGCUCGGCGACGAACGCCUUGCAUCCCACACAAGAAGGCCUGGACAGUAUCGGUGCGACAGUCGACCAAAGCAACGAGGGCAACCUGAAAGGCACGGCCAUUGUCCUGGCAGCGCUGAUCCCCGUCCUGCAAACCACGUCGAAGCACCCUGCCGUGAUUGCUAUCGGCUCUGUGGCAGGCCUGAUUCCUGCGCCGACACGGGCUGUGUACUGCGCGACCAAGUCGUCGCAGCACUUCCUCGUGCGUUCGAUGGACUUGGAGUGUGAGUCGCAGGCUGGCACGAUCGUGCCAGGCACCAACCAGCGCCGUGCGCGUGUGCGUUUCCUCCUAGUGGCUCCAGGCCCCAUCCGCAAUUCGUUCGUGGCGAAGUAUGCGGUGGAUGCGAACACGGGUCCGCGUGAUAACCGUGAUAAGGCUUUGGAGGUGUCGUAUGUGGUGCGCAAGACGUUGAGCCGUGUCGAUGCGUGCCAAUGGGGCAUGAUGGUACUGCCCCACUAUGUGUUUGUGGCCUCGCUGCUGGCGCAGCUGGAUACUACUCGCGCACUCACUGGGCGAGCUGCCCAUCGAUUGUACCAUUAUUAA